AUGAUAAAAUUGUACGAAAUUCCACAACAUAAAAUUGUUCUUCGAUCACGAUUUUCACAAACAGCUCAAUGGGGUCUAGAACCAAAUAUGUUUAUUGAAGUUUACGGUGAUGAACAUCAGGCACGUAUAAUAAGUGCACUUUUUGGUAAAGCAUUUUGUCAAGAUGGUAUCGGCAUUGGCUGUGGAGAAGGCGAAGGAGAAAAUCAUUCUGUCCUAAUUGUUAAUAAAGAUUGGAAUAACGAUCAGGAACGAAUAAAUCUUGUUUCGAAAAUUCUUUACUAUUACUCGUUACUGUCCGCACAACUUGAUAUUAAUGGAGAACUAGCAUUUCAUGAUUAUUCCAUGUCAUCAUAUUCAUCUAAUGAUAUUAUUCAAUUAAUUAAUAGUGAAAAUAAUAAUAAUGAACAAUUUUUUAUUGAAGAAAGACAAGUGAAAAGUAAACGUGUUGAUCAAACCGAAUAUGAAAAUUUAUUAAUGCUUCUCGAGUCAUCGAAUAUGCGUCAUAUAUUUAAUAGAUUAAGACACGCACAUGUUCGUCUUUUCUCCGGAUAUGCAUGUGCUUCACUGGCGCUACCAUCCGUAUCAAUAAAACGACGAUAA